ACAUAACAGAGUUGUGUAAGUGUCUCGUCCUUCCAUUAAACACCAGUAUAAACCAGUCUGCUGCCUCUGAAUACCACUUUGAAUCAAACCGGGGACCAGUUCAUUCAAAGUGUUCGCAGAGAUGCCGACGUCACCGGUGAAAACGCGGAUUCCUCUGACCAGCUUCGGUCACAUGAUCACUGAGGUGAAGAGGCAGCUGUUUGGCAUCGAGGCCCCGGCUUCUUCGGAACUGACUGGUUGGAGGAAAUACUUCAACAGCUACACGCUGCAGGGACGCCGAAACUACGUCCUGGCUACAUACGGAGUCCUGGCCCUUUCAGCAGCUGCCUACAUGAUGCACAGACAGAGCAAAAAAGAAACUUCCAGCCCAACAGCCUGAAAGAUAAGAACUGUGACGAUUUAAAAUUUACUGCAGGAAACCACGGGACACUAAACAAAUGAAUGUGAAAGCGUUUGACAGCUUAUCGUUUUGUUAAUAAAUGAAGUGCAAAUGUUCA